AUGGCUUACAAAUCAAUGUUAAUGAUUUUAGUAUUUGCUGCUAUUGGGCAGGACUACAUACUGGGUAUAAAAUUCGGUAGAAACAAGGUGGAAGUAAUUCACAGGGGAAAACAAUUACAAGAUCUGGUGAUGCUCGACAGUCGCGUAGCUCCGCAUGACCUUGACAACUUACACGCAUUUGUGCGACCAAAACUGCUUGAGGACAGUAAAGAUGAGGGAUUGAUGCUUCAGGAAAACGGAAUUGAAGACUUCCGUCCGUUAGACGUUACUAUUGAAACAGAUGAAGGGCCACACAAAGAAAAAAAGCACCACAAAGAGAAGGACCAGAUGUUAGUUUCCCAUACUGGAGAUAACGAUGAAGGAUACAACUUACAAGAUAUGCCCGAAUAUAAGAUGGAAACCAAAGCAGACUUCGAAGAGAACCAAGAAGCAAUUGAUUGGCUAAUGAAAGAUCCUAACGAGUACAACGCCAAAUCUUUUGAAGAUAGCGAUGCGUUAGAAGAUACAAACAAUUUCGGUUUAGAUAUGGACUUCCCCAAUAUGGAAGAUCAACAUCGGGCAAAUUUUCGUCAAAGAAAAAAGGGGAAAGAAAGACAUAAUGACAUGUCUGGGAAGGGUACAAUUAAGCUUCCUGGUAACCCGCAGUUUCUUCAGGAUAGUGACCAAAUUGGAGAUGAUACAGACUUGUUAUCGAGUGAAAUGGACGCUGAAACUGGCAUACAUCGUGCUAAGUUAACAAAAUCGACAGAUAGUGACAAAAACUUCCAAAAUUCCGAAUAUUCUGAAAAUGAUAACUUGGAUCACAGUUACAAAACUUGGAAUGGUAAUAAUAACGAUGUGAAUGACGGUACCACUGAUAGAUGGUUUGACGAAUACGACAGCGAUAAAGACGCAUCUUCCAGGAAGAGUCUCCAAGAACAAAUAAAAAACCAAGACGCAAAACUAUUCCAAGAAAUAGACAACUAUAAUAAAGGAGAUAACUAUGAAACUUCUGAUGAUAUGGAUAAUUUUGAUAACUAUGGCGAUGAAUUAAAAAAUACUAUUGACCCUGAAAACAAAGAAAUGGCAGAUGAUAAGUCUGACGAUGAGGAAGAUACUGCCCGGGCAAACGACGGAAACUCUGAUCGUUACCAGGACGAUGAUGCUCUUGAAAACAAGUAUGCAUGGAACAGUGAGGAAAGCCCACAUGUAGGUGAUAAAACCGACACCGAAAAGCUAAAGGACACAGAUAAUGGGGAGAACUCUGACGCUAGUGGCAUUUUAUCUGGCGAUACAGACGAUAGCCUACAUGGUAAAAUGGAGGAUGAAAGUAGGGAAAACGCUAAAGCUACAAACAAUAAUCAACAAGUUAAAAAUAGAAACAGUCACAACGUAAAUGGCGAUAGUAAAGUACAAGAAGCAGAGGGAGAAGUGACAAAUAACCGUAGCAAUAAUACUGUGAUACAAACAACUCAGAGUAUAGGUGAUGGAGAGGAGAAUCAUUUGGGCAGAAGUAAAGAUGUGAAGAUUAUAAACAAAGGCCAACACACACAAGCUGUUAAUUAUAAAGAAAACGAAAUGCCUGCCAACAACAAACUAAUUCCAAACAGCGGCAAAGAUCACCAUUCGAAAACCGUGAAUCCUGAAGAAGAUAAAAUUGGCACCACUGCUAAGAGUCUUUGGAUACCUGCCAAAAGUGAAAUCAAAGGUUUUCAACAUUCAAAUUCAAGUGAGCAAGUGGUGUCACUUUCAGACCCUGAAGUCAUCGGUGAAAUUAAAAAAGGUUCAAAAACUGAGCAGUCUCAUGAAGAAUCUAAGAGCCAAACAAAAAAACUUAAAUCAAAACAAAGUGAUGAACAAUGGCUAAUCCUUCAAAAAGUGAACGAUCUCUUAAGAGAAGCAGAGGAAAGUCCUCACGCACAAAUCAGUGCUGCUCUGACGAAACCAAAACUUGACCAUAGAAAAGAAUUUCCGCAUCAUAACAGCCGAACGCGAUCCCAAAGAAAAAGUAACAAGCCAACGUCAACUGGAUUCCGAAGAAACUGGGAAAAUUAUCGUCCAUCGCCGCCUAGGGGCUACUCAACACCAGACCUAAAAAAAAUGGAACAAGUUAUCUCCUUUUUGCGGGGAACAACAUCCUCUUUAUCGCUUCCUACAAGAUCCUCAAGGCCAUCUGAUGUUUCACUGAAAAGUCUUUACUAUUAUCCACUUCAUCCAACGCCUCAAGAUCAGAAUGAUGGAACCUCUGCUGAUACCAAAGAUGCGACGUUCGGUGAAUGGAAUGACUGGUCCUCGUGUUCAGUAACUUGUGGUAAAGGAGUAACCGUUAGAGCCCGAGUGUGCCUCGUGAAUGCAUGUCCUCAAAAAGAUUUGUUUCAAUCGAAAAGUUGUCAUGAGGAUAUCUGUGCAGAUGAGGUGGAAAGGGAAGCCUUGAAGGAACACAAUAGACUCAGAGCCAAACAUUUCUCUCCUCCAUUAUCCUGGUCAGCUUCCCUGGCAAGGAAGGCUCGAAAAAUUGCUCAGUCUCUCGCAGGCAAGGAUUUCCUUACCCUGGAUGAUCUUCAGGAGCGACAAGGGGAGAGUAUUGCUCAAAUAGUCUACACCGGGGAAAGUACAAUAACAAAGGCGAUAGAUAAAUGGUACAAGGAAAUAGGGUCGUACAGUUUUUCGUAUCCAAAGAUAAAUAGCAAAACACGACAUUUUGCGCAAAUAACAUGGAAAGGAACGAAGAAGAUGGGACUCGCUAUUACUAGAAGCGGCAGUGGAGAAUACGCUUUUGUAGUUGCUCUUUAUAAUCCACCUGUUUCCAGUGAGAGACACUUACAGCAAAAUAUUCUUCCUCCUGGUCUCAGGCACGAUUUGUACUCAACGUUUCGAUGAAGUUAAAGUUCAGCUAUAAUUAUGUUUGGGUUAUUCAGAUAUGCCGUGUGGAACGCUCCCACUUUCGACCUGCGUUGGUUGAAUAUAGAAUAGGAAAAUGUUGCCAACUCGACUAGAUUGCGCUGCAAGCUCCCUGUUUCCAGAAACCUUGAGAUUAUUUUGCGUGUGAAGAAUCAAUAGGAUUCGUUAAUGAUUUAUCCACACUCUUAAACCCUUGUGAGAUGUCUUUGAUGUCUUUGUUACAUAGAUUCUGUUAGAAGUGACUGACGUGCUUUGAAAAUAAAGAAGUUCAUGCAUUUUAAACA